AAUCGGGCGGAAGGUUUCGUACACCCUGGACGCUUAUCAAUUUGUAUUUAUGCUGGAAAACUACUAAUAAAACAUAUACACUGUAGUGAAUAGUAAGAAUGUUGAUUCAUUUUCUUAAUUUAAACGUGGUAUUUUAUGUUUAUUAGAUAACGGUUGUAACUUUUUUUCCCGUCCCCCUCCAAACAGGACCAAUACAUUAGUUCCGCAAGGCCAUGCUUCUUAUUCCGGAUGUGUUAUGUUGUUGCGUUUCAGGAUGACUUCUCCGUAUUUUUCACAAAACAGGACGGUUGUCACUCGAAGAUGUAGGCAGAUAGACACAUCCACCGCUGCUGUAUCUCUCCUAUCCGGACUGAGGAAGCGAAGGAACGUGAAUGCUGUGAAAAUAGAAGAGGAGGAGGCGAGAGUCUGCUUAUCAACACCUGAUGGAAGCCAGGAUCUCUUCCAGUUGGCAACCGUUCUGCCAAAACUGGAAACGGACGUUCCUCCAUCAUCCUCACAUGGCCGCAGGCGGAGACAGAUUAAGGUGGAGUAUGAUGAAGGUGCAGCGCCAGCAAAGGCAGAACACUGGCAGCCUCCUGAUUGGCAGAAACAGUUGGGGUUCAUCCGUAACAUGAGGAGCAAUCGCGAUGCUCCGGUGGAUCACAUGGGAGCAGAGAAGAGCUACGACGCAGAGGCUCCAGCUAAUGUGCAACGUUUCCAGGUGUUGGUGUCGCUGAUGCUGUCCAGUCAGACUAAAGAUCAGGUGACGGCGGCUGCUAUGCAGAGGCUUCGAACGCACGGCUGCACUGCGGAGAAAAUUCUAUCUACUGAUGAUGACACUUUGGGAAAACUCAUCUACCCAGUCGGCUUCUGGAGGAACAAAGUCAAGUUCCUGAAGCUGACAGCAGCCAUGCUUGUGAAGGACUUUGGAGGGGACAUCCCAGACAGCGUUGAGGGGCUUGUCCGUCUCCCAGGGGUUGGACCAAAGAUGGCUCACCUGGCUAUGGACAUUGCCUGGGACCAGGUGUCUGGUAUAGCCUUCUUAGUCAUCUGUGAUCUCCCAGGCGUGGACACACACGUGCAUCGUAUCUCAAACCGACUUGGCUGGCUCAGGAAGGCUACCAAGAACCCGGAAAAGACACGCAAAGCCCUCGAAGAGUGGUUACCACGGGAGCUGUGGAGUGAGAUCAAUUGGCUUUUGGUGGGCUUUGGACAGCAGGUUUGCCUUCCAACUAACCCUCUGUGCUCCGUGUGUCUGAACCAGCAUAGCUGCCCCUCCGCUCACCAGAACUCUCCUGCAAAGCGGAUAAAAGCUCAAACCUCGUCUUCUCCCGCUCUCAGAACAAACAAAAACACUGUGGUUAAGGAUGAAACAAGUGGAGAGCUGGGUCAUGUUAAUUCCAUCACUCAAAGAAGAACAGCAAGAUGAAACACAAAUAUUUAUUCUAUAAACAAAGCUCUAUUACUAUACACUAAAUGUUUGUAAACAAA